AUGAACCCCGCAAAUUUCCCCAAUGCCAAUGGGGUCAUGAAUGCUGGAGCGAAGCCACCGGGUCAAAUGCAGGGUGUUCCUAAGAACGACAUCCAGUACGUUUUGGCCAGUGUCGCCAGUGCUUUACAAAACCAGGGCCCGUUUACCGGCUGGAGAGCUGAGGUCUCUGUCAGAGACCGGACAUUCAAAGUACAUCAGAUGAUAACCUCCCUUCGUUUAAUACAGCCACAAAUAGAGCUGCGAAAUGCCGCCACGGCGGCUAUGAAUUUCGAGCAAAAGGCGUUCAAAGAAGCCGCCACCAAGGCCGAUUACGACAGAGAGUUCAACGACAAACUCGUCCACAUCCGCGACACACGUGCCAGACAAGCGGCGGCGAUGCAGGGAGGCAUCAUGCAACCAGGACCGGCAGCGACCGGCAUGGCCGGCGUUGGUCAGUCGCCAUUUCCACAACAAAUGUCCCGACCGAUGCAGGCGUCGCCAAUGCCUGGCCAGCAGCAAAUGCAGAUGGGCAUGAAUGAUCCAAACCAACAAGCCACCCUGCAGCAGCGCCAGCAGCAGCAAUCACAAGCGAUGCUUCAACAGCAGCAACAGCAGCAACGGCCACAGCAACGGCCUGGAGGCGCCACUGCGCUGAAUGACGAACUCAACUCUUUAUCACCCCAGGAAUUUAGCAAUGUCUGCCGUGUAGCAUCUCAAAUUUAUCAGAAGACGUCACCCGACGACUUGAACAAGAUAAAAGUAAAUUUGCAGAACAUGAGCCCGGAACAGAAGAUUUAUCUCUCCAAGAAAGGCAUGGACCCCCUGACCUACUUUUUCCGCUGUCAAGCGAUGAGCCACCUCCGUCGAGUUAAACGUUCCCGCAUGGAGAUGGCUCGCAACAACCAGAACAAUGCAGUUGACUCUGCCAACGGCUUGAUGGGAGAUCCUAUGAUGAACCCUCAACAACACCAAAUGUUUCAAAACAUGGUGAAUAUGCAGCAACAAAGAAAUCCUUCGUUCUCAAUGGGUAAUCAACAGACCCUCGACUCCUCAUCAUUUAUCGGAAACGUCGAAAACAUUCAAGGGCAACAGGCUGACGGAUUACGCUCUCAAGAAGCUGGCCAACUUGUGGUUCCCGCUAGCUCGUCCCAGAUGAAUCAACACCCGUUCCCCGCGUCCCAAAACAUGUUUCCAGUUGGCCAGCAAAUGGGCCAAGGAAGUCAAGUCAACAUGAAUAACGCUGGAAUAAGCCCUCCGUUCUUGACUCAGCAGCAGCCCCCGAAUGCUCAAGCUGGCCCGCAGGAUCGGACCCAACAAGCCUCCCAGUUUCAGUCCCAACCACAGCAAACGCAGGCCCAACGUGUACAGGCGGCCCAGAAAGCGCAGCUAGCGAUGACACAAACCGCGCAAUCAAAUUCUCACAUGCAGCAACCGAUCUCCCAAAGCCCAGCCAUGCCAAUGUUGAACCGCCCGAUGGCAGCCCCAGGACAAAUGUCUCCCGCCCAGGCCACCGCUCAAGCACAACCGCCCUCAAGACAAGCGAGCAUGGGACAGCAUCCGAACAAUGUUCAGCCCAUGGGUGCACGACAAGGGAUGCAAAAUCGGCCCACUAUUCCUGCAAAUUUUCCGCCCCAGCUCCAGGAACAGCUUUCCGCGAUGUCUAACGAGCAGUUGGCUGCUUUCUUAAUGAACAACCAACGCCGAAUGAUGGCAAACAACCCAGCUUUAGCUAGAGCGAACGCCGCCCAACAAAACCUAGCAAUGCAGCAGAAUAUCCCACAAUCUAACCAAGGCCAAAGUAUGAUAAAUGGCCAAAUGGUUAAUCCCCAGAAUAUGCGCACCUCAAUGGGAUUGCAACAGCAGAUCGCCUCGAUGGGUGGCUCCCAGCAGCCAAAUCAGGUGCAGCAGAUGUCCAUGCAGCAACGUCAACAGCACCAACAGCAUCAGCAUCAGCAACAAAUAUAUCGGCUUCAACUUCUUCGAGCGCAAGGGGGAUCAAAUAUGGAUAUGACUCAGGAUCAAGUGAAGGAGAUGGAUCGUCUUCCCUAUCCAGCCGCGAUCUUUCACAACAAUCCGAAUACGGGAUCAAUACCGAAAACCAUCAAAAGUUGGGGCCAGUUGAAGCAAUUUGCAGCAACCAACCCACAACUCCUCGGUGGGAUUGAUAUGGGGAGAUUGCUGACAUUCCAGAAAUUCCAUCUAGCUCAACUUCUGAAGGAAACUAGCAAUCGAAACCUUGAACAAAACGGCCAGACACCUUGGGUGCCUCCAAAUGUACAAGGUCCGCAACAGCCGUUUAUAAAUCCUCAGCAAUUCCAACCGGGUCAGCAACCACCACAGUUCUCUAUGCCACACAUGCGACAAAUAACCGCAGAGGAACUUCAAUUAGCUCGUCGCCGCCUUGGCUCUCAGGUACAACAUCUUAGCGACGACCAAUUGCGCGACAUACUUCGAACGAGGCAGGUGCAGACGGCCCAAAAACAGGCAGCUCAGGCUCUUGCAAACCAGCAAAGCCAACAGGCACAGGCGCAACUACCACCGCAGGCUUCUAUUCCACCUACUGCAUCCCAUGUGAACCCGGAAAACCAAGCUCAGAACCAGGCAUCCCAACAGACGGCUCAGAGUCAAGCGGCCAAAGCCCAGGCUGCGACGCCCGCCAAGGCCGCGAAGGGGGCAGGCCCGAAACAAACACCACCGACGGCGAAGAGAAAGGUACCGAGUGACGAGACGUCGGCUGCUCAGACCUCCCCUGUGCAGGGCUCAACUCAGCCUGCGACGUCUCAAGGGCUGCCGGCAACAGCGCCGACCCGGCCGCCCAUGCCAUUUAGUCGGGAGCAAUUGGCUGCAAUGACACCUCAACAACGUGCACAAAUAGAGCUACAUAUCCGUCGACAGCAGCAGGGUCAGACACGUGGUACAAUCAACAGAGCUGCCGCGGAGGAUGCGUGGAAUAACCUACCGGACAAGCUUCGGCACCUAUACAAUGAUAUUGCCAAAAAUGCUCCACCUGAACAGGCCAUUGCUGUUACCCCGGAACAAAGGGCUACAAUGAAUCAACAGUUGCGUGAUUGUACAGAUUAUUUAGGUAGGAUGGAUGCGCUGGUUCAGUUUAUUUCCAAAGUCCCCAACCAGGAGAAAAACGUUCAAAGUUUACUUGGAAUGCGUAUUCAAUUGAUGCGUCAAUUCAAACCUGGCCCUGAUUGGACAUUGAAUGACCAAUUCACGAUAACUCCGGAAUAUCUGACAGGCACUACAAAUUACAUUAAGAAAUUGUUCCAUCACAUGAUUGCGCGCGUCAACCAGCAGCAAACCGGUCAGCGUCCCGGGGUGCCUCAGGGCUCUAUUGUGCAACAGGCGAACCAGAACAUGGCCCCACUUAACGCCAGCAACCUUCAGCAACUUCAGCAGCAAGAGGAAGCUCUUCAGCGGGCUCGCAGAGCAUCCAGCCAGACCGCUGCGUCAGGAGCCUCUGCUAUUCCGCCGGCGCCAUUUGGCGCUCCGUCGCCACAGGGUGUUCCGCAUGCUUAUGGUCCGGGAGGUGCACCACCCCAGGAGCUGAAACUUCCUCCCCCAAAGAGAAGAAAGCAGUCUCAUCCAAGUGGCACCCCUGUUUCCGGUCACCCAGGCCCCAAGGCGCAAGCGACAAAACAAGCGGCAGCAGAAUCCAAGCCUACUAUUGGUGCUUUCAAGUGCUCGGUUCCAGAUUGUCAAUAUCACUAUCAAGGCUUCACUACCCAGAAUGAUCUUGAUAAGCAUGUUGAGGAUAGCCACAAGGCCGAGGAACCUGUUGAAAACCCCCUUGAAUUUUAUUUGCAAAGCUUGCCCACCAUGACCAAGGAUGGACAGAAAGCGGAGUCACAGGGCCUCGCCAAGGGUAUUGGCUUUGCCAUUGAAAUGCCUUCUCACAGGAAUGCUGCUACCACGGUGCCAGCGAAGCAAGAGGUGAAGACCGAGGCAGCGACACCAGUUCCUGGAACAACUCCAAUGGGACGCGUUUCAAGCCAGUUGGCCGCGAAGCCCGCAUCGCCAGCGUCCAGCCAGCAGCCCACUCCGAGUCGGUCAAUUGUUAAAGCUCCCGGCUCGUCAUCUCUGAAGCCGACGUUAGGUCGCGAUGGCAAGAAAGAGUCGGGGAUCCCAGCAGAGCAGGAACCCGCGUCGAUAUCUAAAGACCCGUGGGAGAACAGUACGAUUUCUCUCGAGGCUAUUCGUGAUGGGUUCAUGGACCUGGGUGACAAUCUUGACCUAAGUUUGGAUCCGAUGGAAGAGUUCCUCAACGCCGAGAUGUUCGGAAAUCAAGACACUCCAGACUCGGUGGAGACCGGUGUUGUUACCCAGACCCCCAAAGACGGCGACGUGCCCAAGAACGAAGAUGUGGUUGGCAAAGAAUCAAACUCGGACGGUAGCUGGAUCCCAAUGGAUUGGUAUUGUUUACCAACUCAAUUCGACAAUGUGCUAAUUAACGACUCAUGCGAAGAAAUUGACUGGGAGAUGGUUGACUUCAAGGAGGGGACAAUGGGUGGGGAUGACAACGGGGUCGCUAUUUAUGCCAUGUAA